AUGGCAGAGGCCUGGGGUCGGGCGGUCGCAGGCCAGCCCACCUUCCCCUCGCCCUCUCUUCCGCCCAUCCGACCGCCCUUCCGGGGCGACGGUGACGUCUAUGUCCGCGCGCUGCAGCUGGGGUCUCUGGGCUCGGUCUUCAGGGGCCGGAGUGACCGGAGCAGCGGCCAGGGAGACUCACUGUACCCCGUCGGGUACUUGGACAAGCAGGUGCCGGACACCAGCGUGCAGGAGACGGACCGGAUCCUGGUGGAGAAGCGCUGCUGGGACAUCGCCCUGGGCCCCCUCAAACAGAUCCCCAUGAACCUCUUCAUCAUGUACAUGGCCGGCAACACCAUCUCCAUCUUCCCUACCAUGAUGGUGUGCAUGAUGGCCUGGCGGCCGGUCCAGGCCCUCAUGGCCAUUUCAGCCACUUUCAAGAUGCUAGAGAGUUCAAGUCAGAAGUUUCUUCAGGGUCUGGUUUAUCUCAUUGGGAACCUGAUGGGCUUGGCACUGGCUGUUUACAAGUGCCAGUCCAUGGGGCUGUUACCUACACACGCGUCAGAUUGGUUAGCCUUCAUCGAGCCUCCAGAGAGAAUGGAGUUCAGUGGUGGAGGACUCGUUUUGUGAACUUGAGAAAGAAGCUCCUUGAACCUAAAGUAAAUGGACCUUAUUUAUAUCCUGCUCUAGGCCUAGUAGCUCCUAAAUGUGCUCACUCUUAAAAUAACCACUGACAAUACCCAAAAUCUCUUUUCCAUGGUGAGGAGACAAACGCUAAAUGAUAAUAUGACUACAAAUACAAAAGAAAAUCUUACCACAACCCCUGCCUGAAAAUAAUGUAGAAAACUUUAUUUAUGUGUCAGUACAGAGCAAAACAAUACAAGCAGAACUAUGUAAACAGGAGUGUUUCAAUAAAUUAAAUGCUUUUAAAAAGUUGCACAAAUUUCCUUUGAAUCUAUAUUUUACUGCUAUUUAACAUAAGCUGAAAUAAUUCUAUUGGGGACGCAUGUGGGAAAAGUGAGAAACCAAUGCUGUAUGCAAAUUAAACAUGAUGAAAAGAAAAAACGAGAAAAAAGAGCACGUAAAUA